AUGAGCGGUGAAGAUUUGUUAACAAAAUUCGAUGACUUGGUGAAGAGAUUCAGAAGCGAAUUCAACGAUAUUAUUGAAGCGGAGCGAGCCAAAAUGAAGGCGGAACUAGACGCUUACAACGCAGAAAAGCAAAGAAUGAAAGCCGUCGAAGUCAGCGACAGCGAUAUCAUACACCUCAACGUUGGUGGUCACAAAUUGACCACAAAAAGAUCUACUCUUUGUCAAGUAGAAGGUUCGCUGCUCGCCUCAAUGUUCAGUGGACGUUGGGAGGACAGUCUCGAGCGCGAUCAAGAUGGCGCAGUAUUUUUCGAUUUCAACCCCCAGUGUUUUGUUCUUAUAUUAGAUUAUCUGCGUGCGAAGAAAAUUGCCACACCAGAGAAUCCAGCGCCAUUGCCGAAAGUUGCCGAAGACCAAGCAAAAUAUUUUAAUAAUCUUCUCGAAUACCUCGGUUUAAGCGAUGAAAUCGUGCCCGCUGAAAAAGUGCCUAGCGAGAAAUUCAAUCAACACAGCAGCAAUGUAGUUACUCUUCAGGAAGGCGGGACAGUUGCAGUUCAUGGUCCAAAUAAUGGACAUAGUUAUGUUCUGGGUGAAAAUGUCUACCAACAAGGCAACAAUCGUUUCAGGUUGAAGUUGGAGUCGUUGAAAAAUAAUUUUUGGAUGUUCGUUGGCACAGCGAAAGCGGAUGUUGUACCACCGAAUAAGGAUUCAUGUUCAUGGCCUGGUUCAUCUGGAUGGGCUCUCGGUAGCAGUGGUCAAGUAUGGAAAGACGGGUCAGAUACGUAUGAUAAUGCUUUAAGUAAUCUCACUAAACAAGGCGACACGGUUGAGUUAGUCUUGGAUUGUGAUGCUGCCAAGCUGUCUCUACAUUUGUCCACUGGUCAACGAUUUCACAUCGAAAUACCCAAGUCACAAACCUGGAGACUGAAUGUAAAUUUGUAUGGUGCAAAUGACAAAAUACGCAUCAUCGAUGACAAUGUAUAG